GGAGGCGGGGGCCGCGGCCGCGGGAGGAGGAGCCGCGGUGAUCACGGCCGCGGGUCCCGCAGCUGGGCUCCUUCCUCACAUGGGGCCCCCUCGCUUGCCGCAGCGCUGGGGCAGACCCUCGUCGGGCUGCUGAGGGCUGGCGGCGGCUGGGGAUGCGGCCAUGAGAGCCCGCGCCCCCCGCAGGCCCUGCUGGCGCCGCCGCGCAGGAUCCAACAAGAGUAGAGAAGACAGCAAAUUACCUAAGAUGUGAGAAGUCCUCCCUUAGCAAAAUAAAACCUUGUUUUCAAAAUGGACCGAAGUAAGAGGAAUUCAAUAGCAGGAUUUCCACCACGCUUGGAGCGCGCUGAAGACUUCGACAGUGGUGCUGGAGGAGAAGGGACUGUGUCCCAGAUAGGAAGAGUUUGUACCUCUUCAUACAGAGCCCUGAUAAGUGCCUUUUCCAGACUUACCCGUCUUGAUGACUUCACAUGUGAGAAAAUUGGCUCUGGUUUCUUCUCUGAGGUGUUCAAGGUAAGGCACAGAACUUCAGACCAGGUAAUGGCUUUGAAGAUGAACACACUGAACAGCAACAGAGCAAACAUGCUAAAAGAGGUUCAACUUAUGAAUAGACUCUCACAUCCAAACAUCUUAAGGUUUAUGGGUGUCUGUGUGCAUCAAGGACAGCUGCACGCACUUACUGAGUACAUCAACUGUGGUAACCUGGAACAGCUAUUAGACGGUAACCAGCAUCUGCCCUGGACAGUGAGGGUGAAACUGGCAUAUGACAUUGCUAUGGGAAUCAGUUAUCUUCACUAUAAAGGCAUUUUUCACCGAGACCUUACAUCCAAGAACUGCUUAAUAAAACAUGAUGAGAACGGCUACUCAGCCAUAGUGGGAGACUUUGGUUUAGCAGAGAAAAUUCCUGAUCACAGUGAGAAAUUACCAGUGGUGGGUUCACCCUUUUGGAUGGCACCAGAAGUUCUCAGAGAUGAACCCUACAAUGAAAAGGCUGAUGUGUUCUCCUAUGGUAUAAUUCUGUGUGAGAUUAUAGCAAGAAUACAGGCAGAUCCAGACUAUCUCCCUCGCACAGAGAAUUUUGGAUUAGAUUAUGAUGCCUUCCAGCACAUGGUGGGAGACUGUCCCCCUGGCUUCCUCCAGCUGGCCUUCAACUGCUGUAAUAUGGAUCCAAAGUUACGUCCUUCAUUUGCUGAUAUUGUCAAAACACUGGAAGAGAUUUUAAACCGCCUGAGAAGUGAGGACUUGGAGAGAGAGAGGAAGUUUUUGACCCUUGACAGCAGUGAAAGAAAACCCAAAGGGUCAAUUGAAAAAGGACCAGGAGUAAAACGUCUGAGUUCCCUGGAUGAUAAGAUCCCACCCAAGUCACCCCGUCCACGUCGGAAUAUCUGGUUGUCACGCAGCCAGUCAGAUAUCUUCUCCCGCAAGCCUUCCAGGAAGAUAAAUGUGCAGGACCCUUACUAUACACCAAACAAAGGGUUAGGCCGGAAAGUUAAUCCCUUCAGUGCCCGGGAGGACCUCAAGGGUGGGAAGAUCAAAUUCUUUGACAUGCCAAGCAAGUCUGUCAUCUCGCUGGUGUUUGACUUGCAUUCUCCAGAGGCAGGUGGAGGCCUGAAAGCCAGUCAGUCCCAGGUCCGGCAAGCGUAUAGCACAGACUGGCAAGAAUUUUCCCUUCUUCCUAGGAGGAGAUGCAGAUCACUUCCACUCUCUCCUGAAUUGCCACACAAGGAAUAUGGCCUGUUUGGGGGACUGUCUUCAACUGUUGGCAGGUGUGACCCAGCCCAGCUGGGUGCAGAGGUUCGGCAAAAACUGAGUAGCAGUAAAUAUGGUGUGUCAGAGAUUCCCCCCUUUCAAGCCAAGCCUCACAGACCAGAAUUUUUUCCUGUACCAGGACAAGAAGAGGAUAUGGACUGUUCAGAUGGGCCAGUGGCCCAGGAGGAGAAUGGGUUUUGCCCUGUUGAGAACACAUGUGGAGAUCCAGCAUGUAAUCAACCAUUAGCUCUGACCCAGCCUGAGCCACUAUCUUACAAAAAGCUCCCAGUUGAGAAUUCAGUGAAUUCUGAGAGACAUGGCUCCUCACAAGUGUUUGUGGGUUGUCUCCCUUCUGAAGAGAUGGAAAUAGAAGAUGACCUACUGAAAAAUACUCUGCUAGAGCCUACAAAGCCUCUGCUCAGUGUUAGUCCUUCCACCAAGCUGAAGAGAGAGGCAUGGCCCUUCAGGGAGCAGGAUGGGGACAGUCCUGCCCCAUUGUCUCAGACCUCCAACAUCUCAGCAAGUGGCAGCACACAGUCAACUUGUGACAUAUGAAGAGAGGGCUCAAACUGAAUGUGUCCUUGAGGGAGCAGUUGUUCCCAGUAAUUUAAACUCUGUUUUUCUAUAGUGCUGGGCUUCACAUUCAAAAGAGGCUCAGCAGAUGGUAGAAACUGGCUGUCAAACAAGUACCUGCAGACAGUGUCUGGAGAGACUGAUUAUUUUAACUUUAUUUCCAACUGUGCUUAUUCCCUUCCCUGAUUUGCAUUAGGAGAGGGAACUACUCCAGCCAGAAUGGCCGUGUGGGCCCCAGUGUCCUUCCAAGAGGCAGCAGCCAGAUCAGGCACCAUGUAAACAGUUCAACCUGGAUUCUAGCAUGGAGCAUGUCAAGGCCUUAAGCUCCAUGUUGUGUAGAAAAAGUGACCUGUAGCUUUUCCCUCUUCCUCUGACCAGCUGCUCUAAACCAUUGCAGAUCCUGCAGAGCCUGUUUUAGAAAGGGGCACAGAGAUCUUUCAGAGCUCUGUUGAGCUGACAGGAAUGCUCUGUGGUCCCAGAGCUGCUGGGAAUGCUGUUGCAGCAUUAAACAAGCUCUCUUUUUUUUUUUUUCUUUUUUUUCUUUUUUUUUUUCCCAAAAGCAGCAAAAACAAAGCCCCUCACGCUGGUCACAAUUUGCAGGCUGAAUCACAUGACAAGUCUUUUGUGAUUAACAAGAAGAAUCUGUUCCCUGGUGUUUCAUUUUCCCAUGGGAUUUGGUAAUGAUGUAUAAUACAUUAAUGCAGGGAAGCAGGGUAUGGUAAGCACCGCUCUCCUCCUUGCACAGCUCUUCAUGAACCUGAACCCAGAUGUGGAGGAAGAUUUACCCAGAGCACAAGAGGGGAGCCAUAUUCCAGGCACUGUCAUUUCUGGGCUUCUGAAGAAACUGCCACUGAAAGUACCAGUUGUACUGAGCUUUUUAGGGGUGUGGCCUCUUAUCUCUGAAGAGCUGAACAGACAUCACCAUCUGUUUCUGCAGAAUUGUUCAGUACAGUAUCUAGAUCACUGUUGACUAUUGCCACUAAGCUAGAAGGGUCACUUUCACCUGCCUCUCUGGUAUCACAUCCUAUCUCAUUGAUAUCACUGCAGUAAUGAUGGCUCCUUAUUUAAAACUAGACUGCUUGAUAGAGGACAGGGGUCCCCUGCCCAGGGGAUGUUAUCAGCACUGUUGCAGCCACUCAAGUGCUCUUGGAGGAGGAUAGACAGUAGACCCACAGAAAGGCUUUAAAUUGUCAAACUGAAGAAAAUUAGCUUGUCCCAAAUUAACUUUUUUUUUCUCCUACAGAAAGAAGCUCUUGUCUUCAUUGGCUUCUCUUGUCACUGAAUAGCGUGAUCUUUUUUCUAGCUUGUGUUGGGUUUUUUGUGUUGUUGUUUUUUUUUCUUCCUUCCACCAGCAGGUACAUGUGAAAAAGCAGUGGCUUAAGCUCUAAUACUACUUGCUGGAACCCACAUCAGAGAUUCCUGCUCUUGGAGGUGAUUCAUGGGAAAGCUUGCUCUGUGAUGAUGUUUGUGUAACAUCCUGCCUUUCCCACUAUCAUUAUCUCAAGAACAUGGGUGGGUUUUUUAAUAUUUUUUUUUUUGUAACCUAUAUUAUCAUUCCUGAGGUAUGGAUUGCAUGCCUGCUUAGCCUGAUGGGGAUGCAGUGGAGACCAGAAUGUCACCCUGGUAGCCUGUUACAUUCUCUUCCUGCUCUCUUGUAAGGAUGGAAAAUGUAAGCUAGUCUCUGACAGAAGCAAGACUAUUCCUACUCUUCUCCUAUCUCAAGAAAAGGUUGAAAGAGAAAGCCUUAGUUCUUUCUUGGCUGAGAAUGCUUAUCUUUCCAGAGGUGUGGGUAACUAUACAAUUAUUACUUCCUCUUGUGAAAUAAGUACUAAUCUGAGCAGCAGUAAUCCCUUUGCAGUGGUUGUGAAGAAUUAAGUAAGAAACCUGGUGUUGCUUAGCACAAGCCACGUCAGAUUAGACAGCUGUUAGCAGUUUGAAAGAGAAAAUGCCUGUCUUUACCAAGAUCACCCCUUUUGGCUCACACCUCUCUGCCUCGCAAAGGUGCUGGUCUGUAGAGCAGUCUGUCUUCUCUCCUGUCUGCAGGGCUGGUGUCUGCUGAGUGCAGAGCAGCUUGUGUGGCCGGCGCUGUGUGUGCAGUUUCCUCAGGGGACAGGGGAGCAGUCAGCAGAACUCAACUGCCUGGUGCCUGUUGUUUUUUUUUUUGCCUUUUUUUUUUUAAAUCUUUUUAUGUUUUAUACAGUUGUAAUCUUUUGGGAGGGAAACCAUCAGCACCAGCGUCUCUUGUCACAAGGCGCGUUUUGGUGCGUGGCUUCAGACAUACAAGCAAUAAUGAGGAAUGGUUGACUUCUGGAUCACCAAGCUGCAAGGAAGCUGUCCAGCCUCCAACAGCUGCUUGCAGCCUCCUCAGAGAGCACACACACACCUCUGGCUGCUCUGUGGCUUCCAUUAGCCCUGGCUGUCAGCACUGACACCUCAUCAUGAAGGCCUGUUGCCCUCUGUGACACUGACUGCAAAGCCUGUGCAGUCAGGCUGUGGGUACCUCCAUGGCACCCGUCCCAGUGACCUCAUCUAUUUUCUUACACCACUGUCUCUUAAGAUGUUUCCCUGUCCUCAGUAGCUCUCUCAGAAGGCAUCAUGGCUCUCAAAUUUAAUGUUCUUAAAUGUGCACUCUAAGCACAGCCAGCUGACCUGCAUAGGGCACAUCUGUCCACUUUUCUAGCUCUUUGUACUGAGGUGGAGAUGUCAGAAAGAGAAAUGGGAAGGAAUAGUGUGGCUCAGGCCUUUCCUGGAUUUGUGGUCUGCAUGGGAAGGAGGCAUGUGUACAAAAAACAGCAAAGUGCUUGCUAAAAAAUGGUAUUUCCAAGGGUCUUGAUGCAGUUGGGACUCACUACAUCUUUGGUUGUGUAAAGCUGAAUCUAGGUUGCACCUAGCAAAUACUCCUAGGUUUUCUGCCUACCUGAGGGUGCUUUUCUACUGGGGGCCAUUUUCUGACAGCUACUGAUGAACAUGAACGCAGACAUGCAGUCAGCAAACUCCUUGCUUUAUAGUGAUGUGACAGAGUUUUAUUGUGAUUGGAUUUUAUCAUGAUUUUUUACUUUCCUACGGGAGCAAUUCUUGCUCUUUUAAAACACUUUCUACACAUUGCUAAGUUUCCUGAAGAGAUCAAAAACGUUUUUAAUUCACUUUCAAUCUUCCUACUUAGAAUUCAUUUAAAUGUCUGUUAUAAGCUAUUUUUGUUGUGGUUGCAGGUUGAUGAAAUGCAAGAGGAUGCAUGUGAGUUGCUGCCCCUCAAGAGCAGUGCAGACAAGGGGCUGUCAUAGACUUACACUUACUGGAGAGGCAUUGAUGUACGAUGUGUAACAGAACAUUGGUAUUUUUUGCCAGUACAACUAAAGACACUUGAAUAAUUCCUGUUUGCACUUAACGCUAUUGUUUAUAUUGCAUGUCACUACAUUUCUAUGCAAAACAAAUAACCUUUUUUUUUUUUAGGAGGAGGGGCAGCCAGAUAUUUGAUUAAGUAUAAAGAUCUUUGCGAGAUGAUCUAUUUUCGUAUUUAUGAAGGAGUUUUACGUCUUAAUAUUUUGCAGUCUGUAAAUAGCUCAACUUGUAAUUAAAGGCUUAGGAAGAAGUUUGUAGCCUGUGUAUAAUAGUAAGUUAACACUGCCAGAAAAAAAAUCUUUGCAAAACAACUUUUCUAAUAUUGUGGGUAUUUAUGAAUAUGUAAAGAAAGCACGUUUUGUUUUUAUGUUGAUUGACUUCUGGCUUUUUUUUUUUUGAACGAUAGAAAUGGUGUAUGUUUUAUUGGAACUGCAAUAAGAAGUAACCAAAGAUGAAUCCAGUUAAAUAUUUUCAUAAUUUUUUCUUGGUCAGGUUUUGUAAACUUUCCCAACUUGCUUUCAAAAUAAAAAUAAAAUCAAGGCCUGA